AUGGCUUUCAUCUUUCCCAAGUUACUAAACGUUUCCGUAUUAGCGCUCGCUGUUUACUUCUACAUCUUUUCUGAGAUUCAAGCUGCUCCGAUUGACAACUCGGUCCCCUCCAAAAAGAAUAUCAUCUUCUUAGUUGGUGAUGGUUUGGGGCCAAGUGGUGUCACCUUAGCCAGAUACUUUAGACAAUACAAGGAGGACUUGCCCAUCAAUGACUACUUGGAGUUGGACAAAUAUUUGAUUGGUAUGCAAGGUCAUAGAUCUAACUCUAGUUUGAUUACAGAUUCUGCUGCUGCUGGUACAGCGUUAGCUACAGGCAAGAAAACCUACAAUGGAGGAAUUAGCGUUGAUGCUGAUGGAUUUCCUACCGGUGCCAUUGGAGAAGCAUUAAAGUUAAAAGGUUAUACUACUGGUGUUGUUGUUACUACAACCGUCACUGAUGCUACCCCAUCUGUUUGGUUUGCCCAUGCCAAGAACAGAGCUUCUCAGGACUUGAUCGCUGAACAAAUGGUUGGUGAGAUCCAUCCCUUAGGAUUUGUUCCUUCGUUGAUCCUUGGUGGUGGUAGAGAGUAUUUUUAUGGCUUGGACCAAGGUGGAUUGAGAAAGGAUAAUAGAAGUUUGAUUGAGGAAGUGCAGAAUAAUGGAACGUGGACUUAUGUUAGUGAUAGAGCUGGUUUUGACUUGUUGGAUGAAGGCAAAAAUGUUGAGUUGCCGUUGUUGGGUUUGUUUGCUGAAGAUGACUUUCCUUACAGGAUUGACAGAGAUGAUUCUGAGUACCCAAGUUUGGUUGAACAAACGAGAGUUGCUUUAAAUGCGUUGGCUAACGCUACUGCUGAAUCCGACCAAGGUUUCUUUUUGCUUAUUGAAUCUUCGAGAAUCGAUCAUGCAGGUCAUGCCAAUGAUUCGCCAGCUCACGUUGCUGAAACUUUGGAAUAUGAUGACACAAUUGCUGAGGUUUUCAACUUUAUUCAAAACACCGAUGUUGAUACCGUUGUUAUGGCCACUGCGGAUCACGAAACUGGUGGUUUGGAUCUUAUGUCAAAUUCAUUUGAUACGUAUGAUGCUAUUGCAAAUGCCACUCAUUCUGCUGAAUACUUGUCCAACGCAAUUUCAGAUUUUGAAGACAAAGAAAAUACUGAUGAAUUAACUGCCUUUAUCAAAAGUACUAUCUUUGAAGAAGGCUUAGGUUUGGGCAACUACACUGAUGAAGAAGUUGAUAGAAUUGCAAAUUUGGUUGCUGCUGGAAAGGAAAGCAGCUUGUUGACCACUAUUUCUAAUUUAACAGCUUCACGGGCUGAAACCUUUUGGGCCUCCAUUCAACACACCUCUGUUGAUGUUGGGAUGUAUGCUUUCUCCAACUCUCCCUACUUGAUGCAAAAAGUGUUAAAUACCAAGGAUGGUUUGGCCGGAUUUCAUGAAAACAUUGAUUUCAGUGUGUUUAUCAAGUCCAUUGCUGAUAUUGAUUUGGAGGAUGUUACAGAAAGAGUUGCUGAUAUUGCGCUUGAGUAUUAG